GACCAAAUGACAAUGUUUACUGUCAGACCUGAAGUGGUUGGUCUAGUGUGUACACGUUCAUUCAGAGAAGGGUAUUUUUAAGAACAGCUUUUGUCGUUUCUUCAGUUACUGACUUGGAAUAACUACUUAUUACGUGGGACUUUCUUUUGUAAGCUGAACACGGAAAGGCGGGAAUAUAACGAAUUGUUAUCAUCAUCGUCAUAUUUUCAUUACAUUCCAGAAAAACUUGAUUAAGGAGGAGAUUUCUAUAUAUAGGUAUUAAAAUUGGAGGCGUGUCUCAUAACACAAACUUGAUAACAAACUUAAGUUAGUCUUAUCUUCAAGUCAGAGGAAUAUUUUCAUCAAAAUAGUUUUCUUUGCUCUACUAAAGAUGGUCACAAAAUUAGCCGAACUCAGUAUUUGGUGGAUUUUCACGAUAGCAGUAAUUCAAGCCAAGCCAAUUGGCGAAUGCAAGACAUAUUUCUCUAUUAUUGGAUUAGAAGGUUCAGCUAUUAAUGGAACGGAUAUUUGCAGCAGAAAGGAAAUUCCUUUUGUGUAUUUUGUGCUGAAAUGCAAAGACAAUGACAGCGUGAAAUGUGCCAAGAAUCUACAAUGGUCAGCAUUGAGUGUAUGUGAUAAAGUCAAUAUUCACCAUGAAGAAAUUCCUAUCACCCGUAAAUUCGAUUCUGUAGAGAACGACAGUGAACUAUCCAUGGACUUAUCGCUCUUUAUUCAAUUCGAAGAUGAAGUAAAUGAAGUUGAUGACUUCUCUAUAGAAACACUUAUUGAUCCCAGUGAUGAUAAUACUAAAACCUAUGUAAACACAGUGGGAAAACAACACAAGACCAAAUUAGAAGUUGAGUUUCAUCGAGUAUGCAAUUUGCCAGAAGAUUUGAAAAACCCUUUCCAGGUUAUUUCGUAUCUUCUUAGCAACCAUCCUAUUGUUCGCCGAAAAAGAGAAGUCGGUUUGGAAUAUCCUGAUCCCAGUUCAAUACCUGCCGGUUACGUGGCCAAAGAAGAAGAUUUCCCUUCAGUUCAGAAUGAUGAGAUUUUAGAUGUAGCGGGUAAAGAUUUCUUUAACCCUAAUAUACAAGGUAGAGAAUUCACACCAGCUGCACCAACUACCACUGCUGAGCCACAUGCUAAAAGUUUUUGGGACGAUGUAGCUGAUAAGCAAAACGGAGCUUCGGUAGAUAAAACUGGAGUCCCCCCUAGUCCAACAGCUAUAGCACCUUCCGCAGAUCCAAAUGUGACAGCUGGGGUAUCAGAAGUUGUCGAUGACAAUUUAGCAGAAGAAAUAACUAUGGAGACUACGAUAACUGACGUACUAACACCAAAGAGUUCUACGUAUGGGCCUAUCACUAAGUCCCCAUAUACUCCUCCUAGAGGAAGAAGAACAACAUCUGCCGUCCCCGUAGCUGCAAGUACGGCAGGCAACCCAGGCCAAACACCAGGAAAAUCUCCAACAACACCUAUAAAUGUCACAGAAUAUACACCGUCGACAACAGCAAGUAUGGGAGCGGAUACAACAGAAGAACAAACUACGCCAUUUGUAAAAUCUACAACGACGAAACCAACAACACCGAGUACCACAACAACACCGAGUACCACAACAACACCGAGUACAACGGUAACGACGAACACACCCACUAGGCCGUCAACAACUCCCAAACCACCCCCUACGUCUUCUACGCAACCAUCGACAACGCCCCAACCAUCACCAACAACACCUAAACCACCGUCCACAACAGACAACAUCAAAAUUAAAUCAACAACUCAACAACCGCCUAAAACCCAGUCCUUUAAGCCCAGUACAAACAGUAUUAGUGUAGAUUCUGAAAAUAACACAACUCAAACGAUUCGAUCGACAACGUCAAAUUUAGUGACGGAACCGAACCUUAAUACACCUUUAACAUCUAUGGAGUCUGGUACAGCAGCUAGUUCGAGUGAUUUAGGAAUGGCACCAACAUCAGAAGAAAACAAUGACAGCUUUUGGCCAAUCGUAGCAGCAUUAGUUAUUGGUAUACCUUCUGUUAUCGUGUUUGGUAUCGCAAUUACCGUAAUCCACAAGAAGAGGUUAGGAAGACCACCGCGUUUUAUGUCUUCAUCAAUGUAUCCUUCGCUUUAGAUUGCACAGCACACAGAGCGAUGGAGAAACCAAAGCGCAGCCUGUACGUCAGGAAUCUAGGUACCAGGUCUUCUGUAUCGGUGUGAUCAUGUAAGAUUUAAGUAAUAAUAAUACUUUUGAUAAUAAUAUUUUAGCCUAUCAGCAUGUAAACAUGAGGCAAAUGGAUAAAAAGUGUGCGUGUGUUUAAAAUAAGAGCAUCUUACGAGUAUGUACUAUGUCAAGUGAAAACGUAUGUAUAUAUGGUUCAACAUAAUGUAUAUUUUUAAGUAUUCCCAUAUGCAUCUUGAAUGCAUUGUAUAUUUUUGUAAAUACAACAUGUGAAUAUGUUUAUUAUUAUUGCAUGACUGUCGUUAUUGUAAUCGCAUGAUCAGGGUAAGUGAUUUCUUGCAUUCAUCCUUACUAAUACAAGUUGAUGAAGGGACGUUCAGUUAUUUUGGAUAUCGUUGAUUGCUGUGUCGUUCGGUGUGUAAAAUGCACCCGCAACAUAUUGUAGUUAUAAAAAAAAUUGUCAGCUAAGCAAUUUAUGCACCGGAGACACAUAAUCAAAGAGCAUUCACUGGAUCGGUGAUUCAAGAAUAAGACAACAAGAACCCUUCCUUUAUCAGCAUCAUCAUCUUAAUCACCAUAUGGUCGUCUAUUAGAAUAUUCAUGUACUAGAUGUCGCACAAAUUUAUUUGAAGUCAUUGCAUCUUUGAAAAGGUUUAAGGAUAAUAAGAUUACUAGUAAAAUGAUUAAGCAGAACAUAGACUUAAGGAAAAAAGUAAGUUUCGAUAUUUUUUUUUAAGGAGUAAGUAUUUUAAAAAGUUUUGAAAUUGUAAAGGAAUUUUCUCAGUAUGUUCGUGUAUAUAGUGUAAGUAUUUUUUUCGGGGGAUUAUUUAAUUUAUUUGUUGGUAUUUAAAGUCUCUUAAAUGGAGCCCAUGUUUAGUCAAGUUGGAGAUACGGUGUAUAUAAAUACAACCAAAGAAUUUGGUCCUUUUUUAUUUCUUUAUAAACAUUUGUAGCCUUGGUUUUUGCCAUUUUUAGAUUAGGCUUUUAGUGAUUUGAUGAGGAAUAACCGUUUCUUUAGAUUUAGGUUGUUUUACAGUGGUAUCAUACUCAAGGAGCGCUUGGCUACAACUAUAGUUGAAAUGACACGGUCGCUUAUAUCAUCACUGCUUUUCUUAUUUCAGCUGCGCAUGUGUCAUUCGUCAUCUUGUCAAUGUUCUUUUUAUGAUUUCGCUAGCGACCACAGUUUAAUUGUUUUAACAUAAACACAAAAUAUCGACCCUUAGGCAAAUAAAGAAAUAUUAUACGUGCUUGACAAAUUUAUAACCGCGUUUAGCACUCUUUAGUACAGCUGUGUGUAACGCAAAUAAAAGUUGGUCGUUUUAAACGAAUUACCUUUAUCAACUGGAACCCACUCAUCGUAAAUAUUUUUAAAUACGAGUCUCUGACCUUGAUGGAAAUUAAAUUUCAUAUGUUUGGCGCUGUAAGGGUUGCUAGCGAUAUUAAUAUCACCAUCUUUAACCGCAUGUUGCUUGUUUCAUUGGCUCUUAUAGGAUUUGUAUUUCGAGCUUUGUCAAUUUAUCAAAGUUUCUAUUUCUUUUACGAUAGCAUUUCUAGUUGAUAGUAUACUUUGCCUUUUCACUGUUGUUCU